UGCCAAAGCACAAAAAGCCCUGCAUUCUCUUCGGACUCCCUCUCACAAUGAAGCUGCCGAGCCUGAUUCAUCUUAGCCUCAUACUGAUGCUGACCUCAGAAGGUCACACAGAUCAAAAUUGGAAUGUUAAUGUCACCAGAAACAUUCAAGCAACACUGGGCUCAAACGUGACCAUAGAUUGUAGCUUUACCUAUCCGCAUAAUCUAUCUUCGGAAAAUGUUAAAGUAUACUGGAAAACAUUUGAGAGAAGUAACUUUUCGUUGGACAAAGACCCAGAUGCAUUCGUUUUUCACCCGAAUAAAGCACUUGUGAAUGAGAAGUACAGAGAAAAGACCAAGCUCUUUGGAAAUGUAACCCAAAAAAGCUGCUCCCUCUGGAUCUUUAACUUCACGGAUGAAAAACUAAACAUCUAUAUGAGAGCUAUGGGAAAGGAAUGGAUGUACAGUUACAGAAAAAAUAACGUCUCCAUAUCUGUGUCUGGUGAUGUGAUCCCAGCCAUUCAUACGUCAGAUACUACAAAUAUUGCAGUAUCCUCCACAAUGGCUACAAUCCAGGGACCUUCUUCAAUAGAGUAUACAGCCAUCUUUGUACCUGUUGCUGCACUUCUGAUCAUUAUUUGUGUGGCUGGAAUUUUCUUUUUCUUGAAAAACAAAAGGUCACAAACUUUGACCAGGGAAGAAUCUGGAUAUUACGCCAAUGUUAGCCGAUCAAACCAAGCUAAAAGAAAUGCAUCAAGCAAGACUCAAGAGAACGAGAACACUUCUGAACUGAAAGUCAUUGAUGAACCUGUCUACAACAACUUUGAGGCCCCUCCAGGUCAGAUGGGUCAAGGAAUGAAUCACACAGAAAAUAUAUAUGGAAAUGUGGAUUAUUCACAAUAGAAGAUAAAUUGCAUCUCACGUGGUCAUGGUUUGUAAAACCUGAACUUGCUUGUUUCUUAAUAUUUAUUUUAGAGAACAUUGUGGCUGUUGGCAGGUACUUUUACAAGACCAGGGUUAUAUCGUUUACUGGUUAAAGCAGCAGAAUAUAUCUGCAACGCAAGUGAACCCUCCCGAAAUUAAAUCUGAUGGCCCUCAAUAGGUUUCUAUAGGGAGACAUAAAAUGAUCACGAAGAGAAUAAAAACAACCACAGAGAGAUACAAAAAAUAAACUACUAAGAAUUACAAAUCUACAGAGCGACAUGUCUUGGUGCUAUGGGAGAUGGGGGACCUUAUUUUGUGGGUCAACUUCCCAGGGUUUAAGGCUAGUUUGGGUUUCAUAUAACUGCAGCCAUUUAUAUAUUCCAUUUAACUUUACCGUCCUUAAAAUUGUUUAUUUGGCUUUUAUUUAUUACACUGAAUAUGUAACCAUUGACAAUGUACAGUUUAAUAUUGCUCAGAGCCAUAUCUUUAAUUGUGCUUUGAUUCUUAAGUUUAACUUAAUUGUUAAACUCAUUAUUACUUGUGUAAAUUACACAUUAUUUAUAGAUGUGUCCAGUGCAGCCUGCAAUUGUUGUUCACCUUUUAAUUGCACUGACCUUUUUCUAAUCUUAACUAACUGUUUAUAGGUCUUACCUUAACCAUUGCUUAUUUGCCUUAAACAUGAUCAUUCUAUGGCUUUAACAGGUUUAGCAGAUAGAUAUUUUGCUGUUUAGCAUAAUUAGAAUUGAACAUUCAGAAAAAGAAAUUCUAGUGAGUGAUACAGGAAAUCAGUUUGGGCAACAUCCCAUGACUUAAAUUCUGUUUUCUGAGUAAUGUCUUGUAAUAUUCUGUUUACAACUUCCGUUUUUACUCGAAAAGGUGGGGUUAAAAUGAUUGUGGUUUUUUUCAAAUAUUUCUCAAUGUGUUUGGCAAUUCACGUCCUGUAUUAUCUGUGCUGCAGCUGAAACUUCUGUUUUUUUUUCUGGUUCAGUCUCCUAUUAGGGGAUCAAGUUAUUAUAUGUAAGGAUCGAGUUAUAGUCUGUACCAUCGAACAAAAUAUUAAAAGUGUAUAUAGUUUCCUC